AUGGCGGCUUAUGAAGAAUUGGAGGGAAAGAGGAAAGACACGCGAAUAAUAGCAUCAGGAGGAUACACGUACAAGCUCACAAGCAUCCGAAAUAACAUCUCAUACUUGGCAUGCAGGGAGAGCUAUUGCAGCGCCACCGCAAAGCUGCAAAAUGGGCUUCUCAUCGGGAAAAGGCCCCACACACAUGAACCCUCUCCUCAAAAUGAACUUGAACUGAAGGCACGAAGCAUGAUGCGACAGAGGGCAUCACAUGAAAGCACACGACUUCGGGACAUCUAUGACAGAGUGUUAGACGAGAACCCACCAGGGUCUCUGGUUCGUUGUGCUAUGGCUCUUCCUCUUCUUCCUGCAAACCUUGUUCUUCAAGGGGUUGAGGACCUAGCAAAUCGGGCGGCCCCAUAUGCAAACCUAGGGAUUAAUCGAUUCUUCGCAUACCUGGACAGCACUUGGGUGCGAGGGGUUGGAGCAGAGCAACUAAGUGUACAGGGGCAGCCGAGACGGACAAACAACGUCAUGGAGAGCUAUCAUGCUGGACUCCUAAGGAAGUUUGGCAUAGCUCAUCCAGACCCGUGGAAAUUUUUGUCGCAAGUUCCAGAGGGACUUCUGCUUCCUCCUGAAGCAGUUGGAGAACCAGUCCCUGCUCUCGUCGCUACCAUUGCUGCUCCCAGAGGGCCACAAGAGCUACCUCAAUUAGGUGUGGAACAAGCUGCUGCUGCUGUUCAAGGAGGACCACAAGAGCCACCUCUACCCGAAGCAGAACAAGCUGCCGCUGCUGCUGCUGUUCAAGGAGGACCACAAGAGCUACCUCUGCCUGAAGCAGAAGAAGCUGCUGCUGCUGCUGCUGUUCCUCCUCCUCCAGUUCCAAGU